UCUCGCAGUAGUAUGAGGAUAACAAGCCAGCGGAUCUGAGUUGCUGUUACAAGCAGUGUCAACCCACGCUAAUAAACUGAAAACAUUGGCAGUAAUCUCUCAGAAGACUUCUGCUUCAGCAGCGACGAAGGAGAAACGCUUUUCUUUCGGCGUUGUUUGUUUAUUUUCACCGGAGUCGUCGGCUUGGAGUUUGUCUGAAAUCUCUUCGCUGUCCGUGGAUUAACAGAAGAAGACCCGACUCCUAAAAAGCGCUGUGAUAUCAGUUUAAGAGUGAAAUGUUGGAUUAUUUUCCUGCAUCACAAGUGAAUAGUAGUGUUGUGGAGGUUUCACAAUUGUUCUGGUAACAUAAAGUCGAUAUUGAGUUUACGCCCGGACCAGUCCAGCGGACACUUCUUGAAAUAUAAUUUACCGAACAAACCUUUGCCCAUCUGCUCGGGAGCUUUGCUAACGUUAGUAGCGAUAUUUAGCUAUCGAGGCUAACAACUUUCUCUUACACAAGCCUCAAGUCUGCUUCACAUUGCUCGUUUAAAAGUAUGUUAGAUGUUGACCGAGGUCGAGUGUAUGAAAGUUGGCAAAGUGCGUUUUUCUUAAUUGUUGUGAUGGCACUGACAGCAGUUUAGCUCACUUGGCUAGCUGCGGCUGUUACCCUACUGUUCACCUCCAGCAUUAUGUUAGCCAUGACAGCUAACGUUACGAUAACGACAGAUUCAAACAAGUGGUUCGCUGGAAAUAUGAAGUUAUAUUGUACCAGUAAUUUAUUCUAAUAAACACGUAAUUCUGAUUGGGAGUUAUUAAAGUUACAUUGUAAACACAUAAUUUACGGACGCUUUAUUUACUCACAGAAAAAUAAGACAACUUUUAUAAACUGGAGCUUUAACGUUAGCUUAGCUAAGUUAGCUACUAGCUCCGCUCACAGUAGCGACUCGGUUGUGAUUCUGCAGCAGUUGACACUGAAUUAACUUUAACCAAACAGCGAUGUGUGGUAUGUUUUUAAAACUCUAAUGGGUUCACCGCACUGCUCACUGGAAGAUUUUGGACAGUAAACUCCCAGCCCCAUCUAUCACUUUUUUCAAAGUAGCUGAAGUUGUACAACUGCGGCCCGCACGAUGUCCGGCUCCCCGGGCACAGGUGGCUCAAACCCCAGGAAGUUCAGCGAGAAGAUAGCCCUGCACAACCAGAAGCAAGCAGAGGAGACGCGGGCCUUUGAGCAGCUCAUGACAGACCUCACUGUUUCACGGGUGCAGUUUCAGAAGGUCCAGCAGCUUCGCUUGACUCAGUCCCGGGCACAGUACUAUGGCUCUCUGCCUAACGUCAAUCAGAUUGGCAACACCACCACUGAAUUCCAGGGGGGCUUUCCGUCAGGAUUGGACUCUGUCAGAGGGACCCGCCACCACGGGCUGGUGGAGAGGGUCCACCGGGACCGCAACCGCAUCAACUCCCCCCAUCGCCGACCCGUUGACAAGCACGGACGACAGAUAGAGAGCUCUCCGUACGGAGCCGUCUACCUGUCUCCCCCUCUGGACAACAACUGGAGAAGGGAACAGCAGCCAUGGACUGAGGAAAAACGGCCUGGGUUUAGAUUAAUAUCACAACUCAACAGAACCAACUCAGAUUCGGCUCUCCAUACAAGCGCUAUGAACCCAAACCCUCAGGACCCCUUUGGCAUGAACCAGCAGAUGGGUCGAGGUCCCUCCCUGCGCAAUGGCUGGAAUGCAGCCAGUGUGAUUGAGGCGGAGGUGGACAGCUCCGGAAACGUCUUCUCCUUCCCCACGCUGAAUAACGAGGAGAACCUAAUAGGUGUCAGUAAGCCCCUUCCCAAGCAGCUGUGGGAGGCUAAGAAGGUCCAGUCUCUGUCAUCAAGGCCGAAAUCAUGUGAAGUGCCUGGAAUAAACAUAUUCCCGUCCCCGGAGCAGAACCCGGGUCUGUCCCAAUACCAGGGUUUGUUAAACACCGGGGGCUCCCUGCCCGACCUCAGCAACCUGCACUUCGCCUCCCCUCUCUCCACCCCUCUGGACCCGGAGGACAAUGGAGGGUACCCCAACCUCAGCGGGGGCAGCAGCACCGGAAACCUGCCGGCCGCCAUGAUGCACCUCGGCAUCGGCAACUCGCAGGGUCUCUCCUCCUCUCUGAGCAAUCCCUCGAUCCAGGCGUCCCUCAGCAACUGCCAGCUGCAGUCGUCGCUCAGCAAUCCCUCCAUCAAUUCGUCCUUGCGCAUGUCCAGCAACUCCCCCCGGCGACGGACAGCACCCAUCAGCCCUCUGACAUUGUCUCCAGGGACCGAGCAGCGAAGGGGUCUGGCCAAGCAGCUGUCUCCCACCAUGUCCCCCUCGCUGUCCCCCAUCACACAGGGAGUUCCUCUGGAUACCAGCAACAUGCCAAGGGAGCCGCCCCCACCCUAUCCGCUUUACCAGCAAUCCCAGCAUGCAGUGGACCAGGGCCGACAAUGCCACCAGCAACAACAACAACAACAACAACAGCAGCAGCAGCAGCAACAACAACAACAUCAACAACAACAACAGCAGCAGCAGCAACAACAACAACAGCAGCAACAUCAACAACAACAACAACAACAACAGCAGCAGCAGCAGCAACAGCCUCUUUCCUCUCUUCAGAACAUCCCUCUGGACUUCAACACGAGCCAACUCAACAACAUGUCAGCCUUCUUCAACGACCCCUUCAUGGAGCAGCAGUUCAAUCGCCAGACCAAGUCCAACCCUUAUCAGUUCGACCAGUUCUCUCUGUUGGAGAGCGCGAUGAGCUCCACGGCGGGGGGGUCUUGCUUUGACCCCUCCUCCUCCCUGCUCUACUACUCCCAGGCUGCCCUCUCUGGGCUGGGGGGCAGCCACGGCAGCCUGCAGGACCCCAUGCACAUGAGGUCCAACAUGUUGUACUCUAACUGCAGCGGAGGCCUGCCCAACAUCAUCCUCACUGAUGACUCCAGCCUGUCGAAGGACAUCAGCAGCGCGCUCUCCACGGUGCCUGAGUGUUUCGACUCGGAGGGCUGCUUCCCGCUGGAGGACGAGCUGCACAUCGAGCCCCUCGGCCUGGACGGACUGAGCAUGCUCAGCGACCCCGACAUGGUGCUGCCGGACCCCUCCGUGGAGGAUACUUUCCGCAGCGACAGACUCUGAACACACACACACACGUGGAUUUGCAGUGUAAAGAGUGUACAAAUCUGACAUGUGCAUGCCAACAAUCUCUAUAUGCAUAGUGCAUGCAUCCACUGAGAUUCAUCAAAUGUGAAGUAUACACACACCUUUUAAGGAGGAGACUUUUGAACAAACACUGUUUACUCCUGCUUGGUGCAGAGUCCCCCUCACACAUCUCUAAGACGGUGUUUUGAAUGAGAUGCGUCGAUGCAGUAGUUGGGAUUCAAAUCAGCGCCAGGAGCAGAAACAGGUCCAGUUCUGCACUUCAAAAGAAGCACGUGAAACAAUCCCCGCUUCUCCUGCUCUCUCAUCGCCAGCUCACAGCCCCCCUGAAGCCAUGGCAACCACAUCACCAUGGUUACGCAGCAUAGCAACCCCAUCGCCACACCGAAGAGCAGCAGGAAUGCCGACACAUGCUUUUCCUUUCCUCACGGCUCCUGUAAACGAGGAGUGAGCCGUUCACAGCUGGAGUAAAGAAACUACUUCAGGCUCCUGAACAAUCAUGGUAAAAAUGAAGACUAAAAAGAUUCUUGUUUAUAAAUGUAUUUCUUUGCAUAUGUUACCAGAUUAUUUUUCAAAUGUUUGCCACAGAUCUAUACAUUUGAAUAUACAUACAUAUAAAUAUAUAUAUAUAUCAAUUGCAGUCUGAUUAGAAUGUAUUUCAAACUCGAAGCAAAAAGGGCAAACUGUUUACAAAAGAUGAGAUUGAAUAAGUCAAUAUUACUUAGAGAUUUUCUAAUUAAUAAAGAGAUACAAUUCUACGACGAAUAAAUGCUAUAUUUUCCUUACAAUUUGGUUGGAUACUCCCCCCCCCUCCCCUCCCCCUACCCCCCCCGGCUGUGGUUUCCUCAAGCAGAUCUUUGGCAGCACUGGGACAGCGUCAAAUUCAACUUUGAAAAUAUUUUUUUUAAACUUUGUUUCCCUCUUGUUAUAAAUACUUCUAUGUACAUUCAUUGCAUAAGUUUUAUUUUACAUUUUUUACUGACUCGUUAUGGCGCUUUCACUGUACUUUAAAUAGUGUCGUGAAUAAGGGCUGCGUUACUGUGGAUCCAUGAUGCCCACAAAUAGCUGUUUGCAUCCGGCUUCCUGUCCCGUGUUGUUGCAGUGAACCCCCCCACCCCCCAUCUGAACAGUUACUCAGAAAGUCAUCAUGUGGACAUCGGACAUCAUGUAACAUUGCACUUAACCUCUUUUGCACUAAUUGGUUCACAGUGUGUAGACUCAACUGAUAUUGUAAAAACUGGUAGGAUCCUCUUUUUUUGUUUGUUUGUUUUUACCUAAUAACCCAAAGAAGUUGAAUGAAGCCAUUAUUGAGAAAAGUGACACCUUAUGUGACUAAUAUAUAUAUAUAUAUAUAUAUAUAUGUAAAGUCACUGCACAUGAAAGCACCAGCAAGGGGUGUUUGGUUUUCGAUAUGUGAGAAAGUAUACAUUUUAUUUCCUUGGCUUUGAUCUAUAGUGAUGUGUGUUUGUACAGAGCUCAUAUUUACAUUUGAUUAUGUAAUAACCCGGCCUUCAGGGCAUUGAGUGCCCCCUGGUGCCUGUUUAAAUGACAUCAAAACGCUUUCUUUUAUGUGUCUGAAAAAGAUUCGGAGCAAAAAAUGCCCUCCUUUUUUUUUGGCUCCUCUUAGCUAUGCAACCUUUUUCAGUUCAGUGCAACCUGUUGAACAGGUGCGCCUUGUGCAUUAUGCAGUGUUCACAAUGUGGGGGAUCAAAUUAGCCAGAAAUCACAAUAUUACAUGUGUCCAGUGUCCACAGUGUGUGUCGACUCUCGAUCGAUAAGAAGAGCGCCUGCUGGCAUCGAACGGAUCAACAGUCGGAGAACAAGGAUGUCGUGGAGGAGGAUUUUAAAACUUGUGCAUCAUUUUGGACAAAUGGUGCAUGGCACUGUUUGUGUUCCGAAGGCGUCGCACUGAGUGGACUGUGGGCUCUCCCAGUGUAUGAAAGAGAUUCAGGGGUGUUGGGGUUGAUUUCUAAGAGUUUAUAUAUUCAGCUAUUAUACAUUUUGACCUGCUCUCUUGUUAGUUCUUAAGACAGUGGGAUGGAGCCACUUUGCUGUUAAUUGUGUCUAAAGUGUUUUCUUUUCCUCCCUCUUUCCCCUGCUGUCUGAACGCCUGCCUUCUGCUGCCUUAACAUGUUGUAUUUUGACUUGACAUAUUCCAGCAGUAACCUGUAUCUGCUAGUUAUCCCCUCCCUUUAGCUUUAGCUCUGUUUGGUACUAACUGCGCUUUGUCCUUUUCUGUCUCUUAGUCUCACUGUUUUGUUUUUUAGUGUAUUCCUUUUUUUAGCAAAAUGUACAGUUCUGUUAUUUAAAUAAUUUUUUGUCCACUAGUGUUACUACUUUUUAUUUGUAAUGUCAUUUGUUUUUCCCCGAGAUAUAAAAUGUUGUUGGUUUGUAAUGUAUGUUAUAGUGCUUAUCUUUCUGAUUUAAUAUAAACAAUAAAACUCUAUACUAUA